AUUCGCUUGCGCGCGGACGUAGUAACAUCGCAUUGGAUACUAGUCAAGUCGAACGACGGAGUGUGAUUACGGGGACGUGCUUGCCACCAGUCCCGUUCGGAAAUUCGAAACGAACAAACACGCUUUCUCUGCAUGGCGAGCCACUUGUGAUCUUUUAAUUGCCCUGUUUAUAAUUGGAUUUAAUUAACACUGGGUAAUUAUUAUAACGCACCACAUACUGGAUUUUUAUUUCCUGUGUUCUUCUUCGCAAAGAAACGUUAUUGUUUUGUAAAAAAAGAACAAGAAUUGUGUGUGUUUUUAAAGUUCUUCUGCUACAUGAGGAUUUUUAUGCUGUGAUUUGGAUUUUUAACCUCAUAUAAUGAUCUGUGACAACGGAAUGUUUCCUAACUAAACCCAAAGUGUGGAUUUUUGUUAUAUUCUGAAUCGUGAUCGCUGUGUUCUCUUGGAUUUUAUACAGCGGUCAUGCCAUCAGCUACCAUGCGGUGGGCUGGUAAUUUGGCAUUUCUUGUGAUAUUAACGUUAUGGAUCUCCAAGGUGGAAUGUUCCGGUAUGUUCGAACUUCGGUUGGAUAAUUUUGUGAAUGAAUUUGGACGAGAUGCCGACGGUACUUGCUGUCGAGGUGUCCGAUCGCCGUCCGGUAUGUGUUCCGGCACAUGCCGGACUAGAUUUCGAGUGUGUCUUAAGCACUAUCAAACGACAAUUGAUCCAAACCCUCCAUGCACCUAUGGAGAGGUGCUGACACCAGUAUUGGGAAAUAAUUCUGUUCAACUCGACACCAUUAACGACCCUGAGACUGGAUUUACAAACCCCAUCGUGUUUAAUUUUGAUUUUUCAUGGGUGGGAACAUUUUCUCUGAUAGUGGAAGCUUGGCACGAAAGUGAACCUAAUUCAACACCUGGACCUGGUCGUAAGCUAAUUACUCGUCUGGCAACUCAGCGAUGGUUGGACGUCAGUCAGUACUGGACCCAGGAUAUCCACAAGACCAACCAUACUGCUUUCUCCUAUGCCAUCCGAGUGCGUUGUUUGGAUAAUUAUUAUGGCGAAAACUGUGAGAAAUUGUGCAGACCAAGAAAUGAUAAGUUUGGACAUUAUACUUGCAGUCCCACUGGCGACAAAGUGUGCCACAGAGGUUGGAAAGGAGAAUAUUGCACUAUAGCGGUGUGUUUACCUGGCUGUCAUGAAGAUCAUGGAUUCUGUGACCAACCGAACGAGUGCAAGUGUCGACUCGGUUGGCAAGGCACUCAUUGCAAUCAAUGCAUCAGAUAUCCUGGAUGUUUCCAUGGAACUUGCAACGAGCCAUGGCAAUGCAACUGCGACGAAGGAUGGGGUGGAUUGUUUUGCAAUCAAGAUCUGAAUUAUUGUACGAAUCAUAAGCCUUGCAAGCAUGGCGGAACAUGCACCAAUACUGGUCAUGGGUCUUAUACUUGCACAUGUGCAGAAGGUUAUAAUGGGACAAAUUGCGAGGAAGAAAUUGAUGAUUGUCUUCACCAGCCGUGCCUGAAUGGUGGUACAUGUAAGAGCACUGGAAAAAACUACACAUGCGAAUGCUCCCUUGGAUUUUUUGGCCAACAUUGCGAAACGGUGGCUAGUACUUGCACGGAAAAUCCAUGCCAUAAUGGCGGGACUUGUGUUGAUGGGCCAAGCGGCUACCUUUGUGUUUGUAUUCCUGCUUUCGAAGGACUUCAAUGCGACAAACAGAAGGACGUUUGUGAUCCCAGUCCUUGUAAGAAUGGUGGAAGCUGCGUGCAUAAACACGACUCUUACAGUUGUAUUUGUCCGACAGGAUUUACGGGCGACAACUGUGAAUCGGAUAUCGACGAUUGCCUCGACAAUCCCUGUUUGAAUGGCGGUUCUUGUGUUGAUGAUGUUAAUUCAUUCCGUUGCGCCUGCGUCCCGGGAUUUAUGGGUUCGUUGUGCCAAACCAAUGUGGAUGACUGUCUUACAAAACCUUGCUCAAAUGGUGGAACUUGCCACGAUCUUGUUAAUGACUACAGCUGCGAUUGCCGGCCAGGAUUUGAGGGGAAAGAUUGCUCUAUAAACAUAGAUGAAUGCCAAUCAAACCCAUGCUUGAAUGGUGGUACUUGCGAAGACUUGGUGGAUGAGUUUGUGUGCCAUUGUGUUUCUGGAUUCAAAGGAAAGCAAUGUCAGACUCCGGAAGGACUGGUUGAAACUGUUGUAUCCAUUCCGAAAGGAAAUGGUCUCAUCUCCAGUAGGAUUGAUGGAAGAGAAAGUGGCAUAUCCGAUUUGGAUAAAGACUACCCUAGAGAAGGUGUGGUCAAUCCUGAAGACCAUCACGAUCGGAUGAACAAUGACUUGGUGAUUAAUCCGACUGCCUUGCUAGAGAUUGCUCACCAGGUAUCAGAGGAGGAAGAGGUCGUUCAAACGGAUGACGCAGGAAUGUCAACUGUACUAGUUAUAGUGAUUUCGGCCCUAUGUUUUAUAAUGUGCAUUCUAAUUAUUCUGCUUGUGGUGUGGCAAAUCAGGCGUCGUAGACAGAAACGUGAACAGCGCGAAAUGGACGCUGAAGCGUGCAGACAAAAUGAACAAAACAGUGUCAUGAACAAUAAGUGUCUAGAUAACCAAAUAAUAAACACUUUUGGCCAACCGGGCCACAAGACCCUCAAAAUGACCAAUGAGGGUCAUGACUCUUCUUUAUAUCAGAAAACAGGGGAAGAUCCCUUGCAAAGGACUAAAUCGCAAAAACUCCUAAACACAGACUGCACAUGCAGCAACAGAACCAGCAAAAUGCUGGACACAGACUUAGAGCACGAUUGUGCACCUAGGACACUAGACAGGAGAGAUUCUCUCCCUCAACAGCUGCCCUCUAGUAAAAGUGAGUCAUCAUUAUACCUUUCGCUGGAGAGAGAUCAGUGUUCACGGAAUAGUGUCUACAUCAUAGGGGAUCACUAUAAACAUCCGUGUCCAGAAGAUCUCUUAGCGACAGAGGUCUAGUUAUGGACUAAAUCAUUAUCUUUUCAAAGUAAUGAUCUAAUAUGUUCUUAAAACUGUAUCUGCAAGCAUUAAAUGGCGACACAUAAUAUCAAACGAAAAAAAAAAGAAAAUAAUAAUAAUAAUAAAUGCGGAGCACUUUCCAUUCUUUCUUUUAAUGAAAAGGUCUCGGAAAGAACAAAGUCUGAUUUUUUUAAAAAAAUUUAAUCAUUAUCAUUCCCAACUUUAAAAAAACGUGAAAAUGAAGAGUCUGCAUUUUUAUUCAAAAUUUGAUAAAUUAAAUCCAAAAUAACUUGACAUUAUUUGUGUCUUUUACUGACGCUGGCACAUUAAAAAAAAAUAAUAAGAAAGAAAAUGAUCGAUUAUUAUUGAGGUUUUAUACCGAAAUAAAUUUUGGGUGUUUAAAAAAGUAAUUUACAGUUUCAAUGUGUUGUAUUUUAAUGCUUGCUUUUAUGAUUCAAAGGACCUGAAGGGUUGCUACUACCUAAGAAAUUCCUUUCAAACUUGAUCCAAAGAUAUUUUACAAGUCCUAAGUCCUAUUUAUUUAAUAUUUGUACAGUUGAGAUGCAAAGAAAAUUUGUGAAUUGCGAAGCGCGCAAGCCUUUUCGUUUUUUAAAAAGUCUUUUAAAAACCGGAAAAGUUGCAUGUUCAAAUCCACGCCUGGUUCGUGGUCUGUGGUGAAAAAAAUGUCUUUUUGCUACGUUCUUUGCGAAGAAGCAUUGCUUUAAAAAAUAUUUUUUCUAAAUACCUUUGAAAGGUAUGGAAACAUGGUGCUAAAGUACUUACAAGAAUUAUCAGAAAAUGGAAAUUUAACAUUUCUUUUUAUAGUGUAUUUCCAAAACAAUUCCUUAGAUUGUUUGGUAAAAUAAAUUUAAUUAACUUUAUUUGUUUCAAAAUUUUAAUUUUUGAUGACAGAAAAAACAUUAUCAUUUGCGUCAUGCGUAAAGAACGUACUAAAAAGCUAAUUACUGUGAAUAUUCAUGUGAAUAAAAUAUAUAUAUAUAAAUGAAUAUUAUAUAUAUAUUAUAUAUGAAAGUCUUUCUACAAUGCUUAGUGCCUUGUUUGUAAUGUAUAUAUUAUAUUGUUUGUGACUGUAUGCGUAUAAGAAGCUUUGUGUGUUUCCUUGAAACGAAAGAGUGUAUUUAUUUAUCUUGAUGAAGGUUUUACGAAAACAGUAUUCAACCAUGCCUUGAUUUUCAAAGAUUAAAUUUUUAUCCCCUGUAAAUUGUAACAAAAAAUUAUCUUAAUUAUUAAAAAUUAUACUAUUAUUUUGCAUUCUAAUCGGAUUUUUUUUUUUUUUUGAAAAAAUAUUCAAACUUUAAAACUUUAAUUAAAAUAGCAUUUUAUACAUUACCUAAAAAAGAAAAAGCAUUUGAUAGAAUUGAAAUGUAAUUAGAAGAAGAAAAAAUGAAAUUGACAGAUUCACCUGCAUUUCAUUUUUGAAUAUUCUUUUUACCAAACUGUUGAAAUGAUAGCAAUAGCAAUAACUAGACUCCCUGAAGAAGUUUGUUAUAGUCAUUAUAUGAACUUGGUUAAGUCGUUGAACGAUUUAAUUCACUGUUCUUCACUUCGAUGUACUUAGUAUUUGAAUUCCUAACAAAGAAACUUAGUACUUCGAACACUUGUUACUUCUCGUGACUUACGAUAGUUUGACUGUUUGUGAUUGUUAUAAACCUGACUAUUUAGGAAAUUGAUUUUCCUAUUGUUCACUUUGUAAAUAAUUUGUGUAUAUUUAUAGUACUCCGAAUUUUUUUAAAGCAUUCACCUUGUAUAUUUUAUCAUUUGUUUCAUUACUAUUCAUUGUCAAUAAAAAAAUAUUGUUUUAAAAGAA